AUGAGGGUGGUGGCCGACUUCGUGGCAGCUUUGAGCAUGCCCCGCGACUCCGGCCAGCGCUUGCUGUCGCUGUCCUUCCAGGAUGAGGAGCAGCAAGAAGCGGAGGAGCAGGAGCCGGCGGUGGUCUCGGGCUGCCUGGACCGCUCUUGGCUGGGCAUCGUGGCGCCGCUCUAUUCCACCCACAUGGGCUGCGAGAACAUGGGCCCACUGCUCUACAGCCUGCUACGCUUUGUGAAGCCUUCCCACUGCCUGGAGGUGGGCGCAGGCUACACCUCGGCCUUUCUGCUGCAAGCGCUGGAGGACAACUUCCGGGAGCUGCAGCUUUGGAAGGAGAUGCCCAAGCCCAACUGGUUGGUCGAGCGCGAGUUCGACGAUGGACCCGGUCAAGGUGUGCUGCACUGCGUGGACAACUUCGCCCACGAGCACAGCACCGCGCCGCUGCUGUCGCGGGUGGCGGAAAAGCUCGGACUGCAGCACCGCCUGAGGCUGCACCUGGAUGAUGGUCGGGCCUUCUUGGAGGAAUCCUCUGAGCUGGUGCCACACUUUGACUUUGUGUGGCUGGACGGAUUGCUAGACUUUGCUCCGCCCAAGAAGGGUGACGUGCGGGCGCCGCACUGA